GUCCUUCCAAGCACUGCUGGACGGGAUGUGAUCGAAAAGCUGGUGAGGCUUGGCGGGGGCGACGUGCUGUGGCCGCAAGGCCGCCAGUCGAGAUCGGUGGUGCCUUUUUGCAGGCUCAUCCAUUUGGCUGGGGCAUCCAAGAGAUUUGCAUGUAGCGAUGCUGUCGACGGAAGCCCGAAAUCUCCGAACAUCGCAGAUGCCAGGGAGCGGACGUCGCAGGAGCUGGACGGUGCUGCUCCGGCUGCCUCCGACGAAUUGCUGAGGAAGCAAGCUCUGAUGGCAGUGCUUGGUGCAACUCCCGCCGUUGCGGUGUUUGCGCAUGAGAAAGGAAAGCCAGAAGCCGCAGAGCCGGAGCCAGCGGGGUCAGAGCCGGAGCGGCCGGAGCCGCACCCGCCGGAGGAAGGGAUCCGACCGAUCCCGGCAUGUGCCGGGGAGUUUCAGGCGGCCUUGCCGUCUGCGGCUGUGGGAGGGAGCCUCCCUUCGGAGAUCCGGUUCCUCCAUCUCAGCGUGCUCCAGGAGGUUACAGAUUCGCACGGCGAAGCUCCCGCCUUGAUCCUGGCAGUCAUGAAGUUGCUGGGAGAGGAAGAGAUCUGGCAGAGAUUUACAGCCCUGGAUGCCUUCUGCGAUGGCCUGCUGUCGCAGUGGGAGCCGCCUUGGGUCUCGGAGGAGUUGGAGGGCGAAGACCGCCGCGCUGCGCGGCAGAUGAGCUUAGAGCGACUUGAAAGGGAAGAGGAGUCCAGGGUCCAGGAUUGGGCCAUGGCCUUGGAUGGCUUCCUCUCCUUCGUGGCGAACCUGGCUGUGGCAGCGCGGGUCCAGCACGCCUUCGAGGCUGAGGUCUGCGCCCCUCAGGCGGUGGCAGCAGGUGAAGGGUGCAAAGGCACGGAUGCUGCGUCCUCAGGCGCGUCCCCGGUCUCGGUCGCGGUGCCCGUCGUGGUCGUUCCGGAGGUUUUGACCGACUGGCAUUUGGAAGGCUCGGAGACGCCGUCGGUGGUCGUCUUUGUCCUCGCUGUUGGUAGCAGGCUUGGCGAGCAGAUUUUCACGGAGCCAGCAGCGUGCCCUUCUCCGUGGAGGCGAGCUCCAAGAUGUGCUCUGAGAGCUCACGGGGCUGGUUGGGAGCAUCUUUUUGUCGGUCACUGUGGGCACUCCGGGCCGACAUAUUGCGCUUAUUUGGCAAAGGUGGCAGAUUCUUUCGCGUUCCUGUGCAUAGCGUUUGCGCGGGAUUUCGGCCUAUGGCAGGUGCUGGUCGUGGAGCGCAGCGCGGAGCCACCAGAUCCUUCAGGCAAAGAGGAACGUGUGAGCAGUUCAGAAACGGAGGGCAGCAAGAAGCCUAGUUCCAGCAGCACCGCUCACACAGAGACCAACGAGGAUAAGCCAGAUCUCGGUUGGAAGGAAGCACUGAUGGCCGCGCAGUCAUCAUUGGCAUCAAGCCAUGCCAUGCUGCUUCAGCUGAUUGAGUGCAGUGCUCAAGCGAUACCGGGAACGACUUCGAAACGGCCUGCGGUUUGUGUGAGCCCGAACCAUGCUCGCAAUCCAGUUCCGCACAAUGGGUGGUUUGUGAAGCAGAAAGCUCGCCCGUUGGCCAGGUUGGAAGUCCCAAAGGCACAUCCUGCUUUGCCAUCGCUUUUUUCUGCUUUGCCCGACGCCGCAGAGGGCGUUUGGCCAGCGUCGCUGCCGAUCCCUCCCGCUGUGUCACUUGCACCACCUGCUCCGAUCCGCUGCCAGCAGACGCUGCCACAGCCGCCACCCCCGCCACCACUACCCCCACCACCCCCACCAGCCCCACCCCGCCCACCUCAACCAGAGGCCACAUCAGCCCUGCCUGUAGCGCAGCCAACAGCGCCGCACGUGCCCAAAACACCUGCUUUGUCUGCCUUUGAACUGUUGCGCUGGACAUUUCCGACUAGGGCAUACCAGGUCGACGAUGCUGAUGAGGAGCUUGUGAAGGAGAAGGGCAGUGGCUUUUCUACGGACAUGUCAUCCGACGAGGCGGUUUCUAUGGCAUUGCCACAUGGAGCUGCAAUUGCAACUGAGAACAUGACGGCUGACGUCGCCACCACUCCAGAGCUGCGGCCAGCGCCGACAAUUGGAGUCGGUCGAGUGGCACGGGCGUUGCAUGCACACCUCACUAGAGUUAUCGGAGUUUGCGUGAACUUUUGCUUGAAGUAG